CCUUUCGACCUCCCACGCAUUACCAGUUGCAGUUUUGCAAGUCUCUCUUCACGCAUACCUCCGAAGACUUAAGAAACGGGAAAGAUGUACAAUUACCACCGGCGCAUUGUCCUGGAGUCGACCGCGUUCGGCCUUAGUUUGCUUCUUUUAGGAGUCAACAUCGCCCUGAUAAUCGUGCUUUGGCGUGCGCCUCGAGCCGACCACUUUCGAAUAACGGAAGAUGAACUCCCCGUCAAAAGAGGUACAAUCCCGUUGUACAUUCUUACCCCUAUUGUCACUUUAAUACUCGCUUCCGUCAAUUCCGCGCUCUACCGCGUGCAAAAAAUCACGUUAGUAUACCCCGUCAUUAUGGCCAGCAUUCAGCUUGCUUCAUGGUCCACUACGCUUGGCUUGUGGAGCAACUGUAAUUACUGGGGCGAGUACGCAUUCGACUUAUGCUAUACGCUGUAUCUGGAUCGCUAUAGAUUUCCGCUCUGGGAGGGGGGUGCCGCUUGGUUUGAUCGUAACCAGUACGUUUCUAACAUGUUUUCUUAUGAUUCUAUACUUUGUAUACUUAUGUAUAGCAGUGAUCGAGUAUCGACGUGAAGGCCGCAAGAAAAUCCGGGAAAUUGAGCUUACAACUGGGGAUGGAACAGGCUUGAGGGGCGGAUAAUGCUAGUAUGGGCGUAUGCACAAAACAUGUUGGAGUACAUUGGAGUUGGGAGCCGCAAUAUCACAUAAAUUCUUAGGGUUUUGAAGGAUGGUAUGGGCGCCGAUCAAAGCACAUGGUAAGAUGUCAUUUUGAGAAGUCUGAAGCGGGUUAUAUUCGCGGCUUUUUCUUCAAUCUUGAAUAUCCGCCUCGACAGUGAAC